AUGCUCAAGCAUAUGGUGACAAAGCUGGUGGCCCAAGUGGGAGCUAUUGGAGCUCGCGGACCCCCUGGUACUCAAGGACCUCCCGGACCUCAAGGUAUGAGAGGAAUUUCUGGAGAGCCCGGAGAGCCUGGACCCCCGGGACAACCUGGUAUUCGUGGGUCAGCAGGACCACCUGGUUUGAAAGGACCUGAUGGUGAACAUGGACGAGAUGGAAACUCCGGUUCUCGUGGAAUGCCAGGACUUCCCGGACCACGUGGUCCACCUGGAAUCCCUGGAUUACCCGGACCCAAGGGACACAGAGGAUUUUCUGGUUUCUCUGGCAAGCCUGGACAACCUGGUCUUGAUGGACCCAAGGGAGCAAUGGGUGAUAUGGGACCCAUUGGAACAUCUGGUCAACCUGGAAACCGUGGUGCCCCAGGAGAGAGAGGAAGAGCUGGAUCUCCUGGACCAACUGGUCUUCGUGGUGUAGAUGGUCUUCCAGGCAACAAUGGAGCCACCGGUGGUGUGGGAAAAUCUGGACCCCCAGGAUUCCCUGGUACACCUGGACCAAAGGGAGAGGCUGGCGCCCAUGGACCUAAGGGCGCUGUCGGACCCCAAGGACCUCGUGGAGAGAAUGGUGUUCCCGGUUCUUCUGGUGAAGCUGGAACUCCUGGACCUCGUGGACUUGACGGACCCCCUGGAGAGAAAGGUGCACGUGGUGACUCAGGAUUGACUGGCCCACCUGGUUUCCCUGGACCUAGAGGUGUUUCUGGACCUGAUGGUAGCCCAGGAAAGCCUGGACCCAAAGGAGCAAGGGUAUGUAUACAUGUCAAAAUGACUAAAGAGAGAUUUGUUGCAGUAUCAUUUCACCUUUUAAACAUUCUAUCUAUCUAUCUAUCUAUCUAUCUAAACCUAUCGACGUAUCUCGAACUCUUAUCUAUCUAUCUAUCUAUCUAUCUAUCUAUCUAUCUAUCUAUCUAUCUAUCUAUCUAUCUAUUCAGUCUAUUCUAUCUAUCUAUCUAUCUAUCUAUCUCAGUCUAUUCCUAUCUAUCUAUCUAUCUAUCUAUCUAUCUAUCUAUCUAUCUCAGUCUAUUCCUAUCUAUCUAUCUAUCUAUCUAUCUAUCUAUCUAUGGUGACCCCGGUUCUCAGGGUUACAAAGGACCAAACGGUGCUAAAGGAAUGAGAGGACCUGACGGCGACCGCGGUGCACCUGGACCUCAGGGAGCCGAAGGAAAACGAGGACAACGCGGUGGAAUUGGGCCACCAGGACCACCAGGUGGAGCUGGAGAUCGCGGUGCCCCCGGAGAGCGUGGUCUUCCUGGUGCUGAUGGACUCCCAGGACCAAAGGGAGCUGAUGGAGAACGUGGACCACGUGGAAACAGAGGAGACACUGGUGCUUCUGGUGAAAAUGGACGUCCCGGACCUCCCGGAGCCCAAGGCCCAAGGGGAAUUCCAGGAGCUCCUGGACCCGACGGACGAUCAGGACCAUCCGGACCACCCGGACAACCUGGAAAUGAUGGAAAUCCUGGAGAGAUGGGACCACCUGGUAUUCAGGGACUUCCAGGAUCUCAAGGACCCCCUGGCAACAAAGGAGAAAUUGGAGCCCCAGGAAAGUCCGGCAAAGAUGGUGAAAUCGGACCAGUCGGUCUUCCCGGAGAUCGUGGACCAACUGGAGCUCGUGGAGUCAUUGGAGCUCCCGGACCUGAGGGUGAACCAGGCGAGAGAGGAGGACCCGGUAAUCCCGGACCCAUUGGCCGACAGGGAUUCCCUGGUUUGGCCGGACCACCCGGAGAGCCCGGCAAACCCGGUGAGGCUGGACCACCCGGACCUACCGGACCUGAUGGACGCCCUGGACUUCGUGGAGAGCGCGGAUACCCUGGAAACCGUGGUGAGCCCGGACCUCUCGGAUCUGCUGGCCCCGUUGGACCACCCGGCCCCGCUGGAUCUGAUGGAGAGAGAGGCCCACCAGGACCUAAAGGUGCUCCUGGCGAGAGUGGUGCCCAAGGAAUGAUUGGUAUGCCUGGACCAAGAGGACAGUCUGGUGCUCUCGGGCCAAAGGGCGAGAGGGGAGAACCAGGAGCUCGUGGUUCAGAUGGUUCCCCAGGACGUCCCGGACGUCCAGGACCUAUUGGACUUGCUGGAAACCCUGGACCUAUGGGACCUAAACCCGAUAAAGGUGCUCGUGGUGAACCUGGUCUUUCUGGUGACCCAGGACAGCCUGGUGCACCCGGAGACAGAGGACCUCAGGGACUUCAAGGAGAACAAGGAAUCGCUGGUAUUCCUGGACCCGUUGGACCACCUGGACCUAAAGGACAUUCAGGAGAACGUGGAAUUAAGGGAGAAGCUGGAACUGUCGGUGCUCCCGGAGAUCCUGGACCUCCUGGACCAGCCGGACAAGAUGGUAUCCCUGGUAUUCGUGGAGCUCGUGGUGAGCAAGGACUUGCUGGUAUUCCCGGUGAACCUGGCUCAACUGGUCGCCCAGGACUUCAAGGACCACCCGGACCUUCUGGAGCCCCCGGAGAGGUCGGUAUCCCUGGAGAAGUUGGACCCAAGGGAGCUCGUGGAGAGACAGGAAGUGCUGGACGUAAUGGAGAUAACGGUGCACAAGGAUUCCCUGGUAUCCCUGGACAAAAGGGAGCUCGUGGUGAGGACGGAAGUUCUGGCCCAGUUGGACCUGUAGGAGCUGUAGGUCGUCAAGGUGAACGUGGUAUGCCCGGAAACCCAGGUGUACAAGGUGAACGUGGACCCAAAGGACCUCUCGGACCUCAGGGAGACGCCGGAGACGCAGGUAGCCCUGGACGCGAUGGUGCACAAGGACCUCAAGGUCUCCCCGGACCUGCUGGAGCUGCUGGUAUCCCAGGAGAAACCGGACCUGUGGGAAGCCCCGGCGCUGAUGGUGAACCAGGUAUUGCUGGACGACCCGGAGAGCAAGGUAUCCCUGGUGAUCCCGGACCAGUUGGAAGAACCGGACCAAUGGGUCUACCCGGACCUGUCGGACCUCAAGGAUCACCCGGUAGCAAUGGAGCCAGAGGAGAGAAAUUAAGAUCAAAUAAAAAUUGUUCCACUGAAUGUUAUUAUCGCAUAAAUCUCUGCUAUCUAUCUAUCUAUCUAUCUAUCUAUCUAUCUAUCUAUCUAUCUAUCUCGGCCUGCUUUAUCUAUCUAUCUAUCUAUCUAUCUAUCUAUCUAUCUAUCUAUCUAUCUAUCUAUCUAUCAAGCAUUCUGUCGGAUUCCUAUCUAUCUAUCUAUCUAUCUAUCUAUCUAUCUAUCUAUCUAUCUAUCUAUCUAUGUGGAGACGUUGGACCACCCGGACCCGCUGGUUUGGCUGGUGCCCGUGGUAUCCCUGGUAUUUCAGGACCUGUCGGACCCGACGGACCUCGUGGACCUGUAGGAGCAAAGGGUAGCAAGGGACAUCGUGGAUUGCAUGGUCUUCCAGGUCUUCCAGGACCUCAUGGACAUGAUGGUGACGAUGGAUCAACAGGACCUCCCGGACCUCCUGGACCUACUGGCCCUGACGGAUCUCGUGGACCACCUGGUAAGGACGGAAACGCAGGUCUUCCUGGAGUUGCUGGACUUCCCGGAUCUCGUGGACCAGCAGGAGAAGAUGGACGCCAGGGAAUUGAUGGAAAUUCAGGACCUCCAGGACCACCCGGACCCCCAGGAGUUGCUGCUUCAUACAGCCGGUCUCAUAUCAGCUCAUGGUUCCAGCAACCUAAAGGAUUGGACAUGAUGGGAGACCAAACCGACAAAAGGACUAUAACUGCAAUGGAGGCUUUGAAGGAAGUUAUCAAGCACUUCAAUGACUUAAGAGAUCCUGUCGGUACCAAGAACGCCCCUGCCCGUUCCUGUCGCGAUCUUGCCAGCGCUCAUCCCGAAUUCAAGGAUGGCUACUAUUACAUCGAUCCUAACAAGGGCAAUGUCAAAGACAGCAUUCUGGUUUUCUGCAAGAUGGAAAGUGGUGAAACCUGCAUUACUCCAUCACCAUCCACGUAUCACAAGAAGUAUCUGACUUCAGCAAAGAAAGCCGGAGAGUCCUAUGUGUGGUUGUCUCAUCAACUCACCAGAUACAACGAGUUCCCCUACAAGAGUGAUGGUUAUCAGAUCAAGGCUCUUCAAAGUGUCAGCAGCUACGCUAGUCAGAACGUUACUUUCCACUGUUUGAACACCAUUGCCUACCAUGACCAGAUGAUUAACAGCAAGUACAAGGCUGUCAAACUUAUGUCAUACAAUGAGGAGAAUUUGACUGCCGAAGGCAAACCGAAAUUCCGUUAUGCUGUAAACCAUGACGGAUGCAAGACCAAAUCCGACAAGUGGGAUAAAACUGUGAUAGAGAUGAGUACCGUAAACAGCAAACUGCUCCCAAUCCUUGACCUUGGUGUGUAUGACAUUGUUCAAGUUUUUAUGUCUUAUUCUCUGCUUUUAUCUAUCUAUCUAUCUAUCUAUCUAUCUAUCUAUCUAUCUGUGAUAGUUGCAGAAAAGUUCACUCCCAUAAAUAUAGCAUAUCUUAAAAUAUAUUUUAUUUAUCUAUCUAUCUAUUUAUCUAUCUAUCUAUCUAUCUAUCUAUCUAAUGGUGACAUCCUAAAUUUCCAGGAACCGGCUCUUUAG